UUGUACAAAUAAAAUGAUGCUUUAAAAUAUACCAUAGAAAGAAUUAAUAUUCUAUUUUUUUUUCUAUAAAAUUAUAUUCAAAUCAUGAUAUUUCUUUUAUUUCAACAAACUGAGAAAGAAAGUUCUGGAAAUUCUUAAAGAUCAAUUCAAUUUAUUGGAUCUAACAAAUAUAAUUAUUUGUCAAAUUAUGAUAUAAUAUGAUGACUAAAAUAAUAUAUUACUAAGUUAUAAUAUUGGGAAAUAUUUGCCAAUAUCAUAUAUCUUCAUGCAACCAAUUAUUAUCAAACAUGGACUUAUUGUUAAAAUAUAAAAAUGACUUAUUCAACAUUCACAAAUAAUAAACUUAAUAAAAUUCAAAUAUCUUUGGGAUUUUAAAUCUUAAUCAUUUUCUUUAAUCCAGGACAAUUCCAAAUUCAGGAUUAUCUAAUCCAGGAUAUUCUUUCCUUUCUAUUCUUUGCUGGAAUAAAGGAGACUGACUAUCACUUUUUUUAAAAAAAAGAAGCAAAAAUUCUCCCACCUUCCUGCCAUUAUAUCUCUUCCAAAUCCCGAAAUCAUGUCUUGCUGCAUGAGCGAGGAAGCUAAGGAACAAAAAAGGAUCAACCAAGAGAUAGAGAAGCAACUCAAGAAGGAUAAGAGGGACGCCAGAAGAGAGUUGAAGCUGCUACUGCUAGGUACAGGAGAGAGCGGCAAAUCGACAUUCAUAAAGCAAAUGCGGAUAAUUCACGGGAGCGGAUAUUCCGAAGAAGACAAGCGCGGAUUUGUAAGGCUUGUUUACCAGAACAUAUUUUCGGCCGCGAAUUCCCUAGUGAGAGCUAUGGAAACUCUGCGAAUUCCGUAUACUAACCAGGCUAAUCUUGAAAAGGCGGCAUUAAUAAAAGAAGUGGACUACGAAGCCGUUAUCACCUUUGAUCCCAUUUUCGUGGAAGCAAUCAAAUCCUUGUGGAAUGACCCCGGAAUCCAAGAAUGUUAUGAUAGGAGAAGAGAAUAUCAGCUAACUGACAGUGCAAAAUACUAUUUAACCGACGUUGACAGGAUAAGCCAGCUUGACUACCUACCAACUCAGCAGGACAUCCUCAGGGUAAGAGUUCCCACCACCGGUAUCAUUGAAUAUCCUUUCGAUCUCGACUCUAUCAUAUUCAGGAUGGUAGACGUGGGUGGUCAGCGGAGUGAAAGGCGAAAAUGGAUACAUUGUUUUGAAAAUGUCACGUCAAUCAUGUUCCUCGUAGCGCUCAGUGAAUACGACCAGGUGCUCGUGGAGAGUGAUAACGAAAAUAGAAUGGAGGAAAGCAAAGCUCUAUUCAGGACCAUCAUAACAUACCCUUGGUUUCAAAACAGCUCGGUUAUUUUGUUUCUCAACAAAAAAGACCUGUUGGAAGAGAAGAUCGUACAUUCUCAUCUGGCAGACUAUUUUCCCGAUUUCGAUGGACCCAAAAGGGACGCCCAGGCGGCCCGGGAGUUUAUUCUCAAAAUGUUUGUGGAUUUGAAUCCAGAUACGGAUAAAAUUAUAUAUUCUCACUUCACUUGUGCCACUGACACAGAAAAUAUAAGAUUCGUUUUCGCGGCCGUCAAAGAUACCAUUCUACAACUCAAUCUCAAAGAAUACAAUCUUGUAUAAGAAUAGUAUUCUAAUUUUAUAUACCAAAAUAAACAAAAAUAUUUUGCAAAAUGAAAAUGUAAACCAAACUGAUUAUGAAAGAGUAAACAAACUUUUUUUGAACAACUUAAAAAGUGUAAACAAGACUCAAUUUUAUUAAUUUUCUCCAAAUAUGUUUACAGACAAUUUACAUAACUUUUAUCUAGAAAUAUUAAUUGUACCUUAGAUUGGUUUUUUUAAUGACAAUUUUUGGUGGAGAAAGUAAACAAGUUGAUUCAAAUUGGUUAAUUUUUUAAGGAUAUAUAAGUAAAAAAUUUUAAAGCGUGUACUUUUUUUAAAUAUUAAAAAAUAUUUUUUCAUAAUAAAGACUCAAAUUUAAUUAUUUAUUUUUUCUAUCG